CACAGCUUCCUGCUCCUCUUCCGGUGCCUCAGGAGUGUGCUUCCGGUGUCAGCAGGUCCAUGUGGUAAACAACCUGAAGCAGAAACAUGGAGCCUUCUGAUAAGUGGACGAAUUUGCCUCAGGGACCGAGUUUGAAGAACCUGACGGAUGGAGGCUUCGGGAAACUGAAGGAUAAACAGCACCCCGCCGUCCAGGACCUCACCAAGGCCCACAUCGAGUCCUUUAACCAGGCUGUCACCGAGGGACUCGCUCGGGUCGUCCUGGCCAUCCCACCCCUGGAGUUCAUGUUCAGACAGGACAAAGUGACCCUCGCCUUUGUGGAAGCCUCCAUCCACAACCCAGUGGUCACCAAGGGCAGCGUCUGCACCGAGAUGAAGGUUUACCCUGCAGAGUGCCGAGGCAGGAGGUGCUCCUACAAAGGAAAGCUGGUGGCGGACAUCAGCUGGGCGGUCAAUGGCAUCCCGAAAGGCAUCAUCAAACAGUCCCUGGGUCAGGUGCCGAUCAUGGUGAAGUCCAAGCUCUGCAACCUCCACGGCUUGUCGCCUAAGGAGCUCGUAAAGCAUCAUGAAGAGGCAGAGGAAAUGGGAGGUUACUUCAUCAUGAAUGGCAUCGAGAAGGUCGUCCGCAUGCUGAUACAGCAGAGGAGGAACUAUCCGAUCGCCAUGUCCAGGCCCAAGUGGAAGAGCCGUGGUCAGGGAUACACUCAGUACGGUGUAUCCAUGCACUGCGUGAGGGAGGAGCACUCGGCCAUCAACAUGAACCUCCACUACCUGGAGAACGGCACCGUGAUGCUGAACUUCAUCUACCAGAAGGAGCUGUUCUUCCUGCCGCUCGGCUUCGCUCUGAAGGCUCUGGUGAACUUCACAGAUUUCCAGAUCUACCAGGAGCUGAUCAAAGGCAGCGAGGACAACUCUUUCUAUAAGACCUGCGUGUCAGAAAUGCUGCGCAUGGUGUCGGAGGAGGGCUGCACCACCCGCAGCAAGGUGCUGGACUACCUGGGCGAGCGCUUCCGGGUCAAGCUGAGCUUACCGGAGUGGUACACCAACGAGCAAUGCGCCAAUUUCCUGCUAAACGAAUGCCUCUGCAUCCACCUGAAGUCGGACCUGGAGAAGUUCUACCUGCUGUGCUUCUCGACCCGGAAGCUCUUCAGUUUCGCCAAGCAGGAGUGCAUGGAGGAGAACCCGGACAGCCUGAUGUGCCAGGAGGUUCUGACUCCGGGUCAGCUCUACCUCAUGUUCCUGAAGGAGAGACUAACGGCGUGGCUAACGUCGGUGAAGCUGUCCUUCGAUAAGCGAGGGUCCAAACUGACCGGCGAACUGAGCACUGAGAAUGUGAUGAAGUUUUUAACUAUGGGGUCGGAUUUAACCAAACCGUUUGAAUAUCUGCUGGCCACCGGGAACCUGCACUCCAAAACAGGUCUCGGCAUGCAGCAGAACACGGGCCUGUGCGUCGUGGCCGACAAGCUGAACUUCAUCCGCUACCUGUCGCACUUCCGCUGCGUCCACAGAGGAGCCGCCUUCGCCAAGAUGAGGACGACGACGGUCAGGAAGCUGCUGCCGGAGUCCUGGGGCUUCCUGUGUCCGGUCCACACGCCGGACGGCGAGCCCUGCGGCCUCAUGAACCACAUGACGGCGAGCUGCGAGGUCAUCACCGCCACCGCCUACACCACCGCGCUGCCGGCUCUGCUCUGCUCGCUGGGUGUCACCCCGGUGGACGGUUCUCCGGGUCAGGCCUUCUCUGACUGCUACCCCGUGGUUCUGGAUGGCUCCGUUGUCGGUUGGGUUGAAGCUGAUUUGGCUCCAUCCGUCACCGACUCGCUGCGCCGCUUUAAGGUUCUGGGACAGAAGAAAAUCCCUCCCUGGACUGAGAUCGUCCUGGUUCCUAAAACCGGGAAGCCCAGUUUGUAUCCGGGCCUGUUCCUCUUCACUACGCUGUGCCGCAUGAUGCGACCCGUCCAGAAUUUGGCUCUUGGGAAGCAAGAGCUGAUUGGCACGUUUGAACAGCUGUACCUCAACGUGGGGAUCCUGGAGGCGGAGAUUGAGCCGGGUGUUAGCACGCACCAGGAGCUUUUCCCCCACAGCAUGCUCAGCGUGGUGGCCAACUUCAUCCCCUACUCCGACCACAACCAGAGCCCCAGGAACAUGUACCAGUGCCAGAUGGGGAAGCAGACGAUGGGAUUCCCGCUGCACUCGUUCACGGAUCGCUCUGACAACAAGCUGUACCGGCUCCAGACGCCGCAGAGCGCUCUGGUCCGGCCCUACAUGUACGACCACUACAACCUGGACAACUACCCGAGCGGCACCAACGCCGUCGUCGCCGUCAUCUCCUACACCGGCUACGACAUGGAGGACGCCAUGAUCGUGAACAAGUCGUCGUGGGAGAGAGGCUUCGCUCAUGGGAGCAUCUACAAGACGGAGUUAGUGGACCUGGCGGACAAGGUGAAGGGAGAGGACGGCGUCGUGUUCGGGGCCAAGCCGGGCGACCCGAAAGUGAACGGGAAGCUGGACGCGGACGGGCUGCCUCACAUCGGGUCGGUGAUUCAGUACGGAGACCCGUUCUACAGCUACAUCAACCUGAACACGGGACAAAGCCACGUCAACUUCUACAGGAGCCAUGAGGCUUGUGUGGUCGACAACAUAAAGGUCUGCAGCAACGACACGGGAUCUGGUCGCUUCAAACGUGUCUGCAUCACCGUCCGAGUGCCGCGUAACCCGAUGAUUGGUGACAAAUUUGCCAGCCGCCACGGUCAGAAGGGCAUCCUGAGCCGCCUGUGGCCGGCAGAGGACAUGCCGUUCACUGAGAGCGGCAUGAGCCCGGACAUCCUCUUCAACCCGCACGGCUUCCCGUCUCGCAUGACCAUCGGGAUGCUGAUUGAGAGCAUGGCCGGGAAGUCGGCCGCCAUGCACGGCCUGAGCCACGACGCCACGCCGUUCACCUUCUCCGAGCAGAACUCUGCGCUGGAGUACUUCGGGGAGAUGCUGCGCGCCGGUGGCUACAACUACUACGGCACGGAGCGGCUCUACAGCGGGCUGAGCGGCCAGGAGCUGGAGGCCGACAUCUUCAUCGGCGUCGUGUACUACCAGCGACUCCGCCACAUGGUGUCCGAUAAGUUCCAGGUGCGCACGACGGGAGCACGGGAUAAGGUGACCAACCAGCCGCUGGGAGGAAGGAACAUCCAGGGCGGGAUUCGGUUCGGGGAGAUGGAGCGGGACGCGCUGCUGGCCCACGGCUCGUCCUUCCUGCUGCAGGACCGGCUGUUCAACUGCUCGGACCGCUCCGUGGCGCAGGUGUGCAUGGACUGCGGCAGCCUGUUGUCGCCGCUGCUGGAGAAGCCGCCGCCGUUCUGGUCGGCCAUGCGCCACCGGAAGACGGUGUGCAGUUUGUGUGGGAAGAGCGACUCUGUGGACUCCGUGUCUGUUCCCUACGUUUUCCGUUACUUCGUGGCUGAGCUGGCAGCGAUGAACAUCAAGGUGAAACUGGACGUGAAGUGAAAGGAACAAUCAAAACCUCUGUUUUCCUCUGCAGCUGUUUAUCAGGCAGCGCUAAAGUUUGAACGUUUUGACCCUUAAAUAAAAGAUUUUUAACUGUU